UAUCCUUCACACCUUGGAUGUAUUUGUUUUGAUUUUCCUUUUCAUUUCAUCAUCUUUCUCUUCAUUUAGCGACGGACCUUGUUUUGGUCGCAAAUUGUUGAAUUUUCCUCGCUUUUCUCCUUGGCAAAUUUGGCCUCGAUUAGUGCAUAGCAUAUAGUGUGCUAAAGCUAGAAAGUAAGAAUGGAGGGAACUCCAGAUCAGGCUCUUAGCAAAUCGAAAAGGAAGAGGCUUCGAAAGAAGCUGAAUAAACAAGGGCCUAAGGAAGACGGUGGUGAGGCCCAAGCUGAAAUCGAAGAAGUCAAAGGGGACCUUCCACCUGUACCCUGUUGCUGCGCAAAGUCUUCUACACCACCUUUAAUUGAAGAAGUAAAACUAGAUGAGUUAGUGUGUUCUGAUAUUUCUACACCAGUUCCAGAAGUCGAGGGGAAAUAUUUGGGAAAAGUCGAGUUGGUCGAAGAAAAAUUAAAAAUGGAUGAGGCAAAACCAGAGAUGACCAGGGAGGAAAUAAUGGCUGCUAGGAAAGCAAAAAAGGAAGCUAAGAAGGGAAAAGAAAAUAAAAAAGCCGAGCCAAAGAAUGAGCCAAAAGCAAAAGAAAGCGUAGCGGCUCCGAAAGAAAAAGAACUUCCGAAGGUGGAGCCGAAAAAAAAGGAAAAACGAAACGAAAGCGUUGCCGCUCCUAAGGUAAAAGAGAUUCAAAAGGAAGAAGUAAAGAAAGAAAUUGCUUCACCUGAACCGGCCCAGCAGCAGAAGAGCAACAAAGAACUGAAGGAGGAACGAAGACUCAAACAAGAAGCACAAAGAGCUGCCAAGGCACAAAAGGACAAGGAGAAGGGUCAGAGCAAGGAGAUGCCAAGCAAGCCAGUGCAACAAGCUCCAGCUCAGAUUGUGAAAGCGCCAGCUAAAGUAGUUCGACCAGCUUUGCAUGGACUUGCAAGGACUGUGGCAGCCAUGAAGAGGGAAAAUGCUUUUCCUCAAAGCGAAUUAUCUGAGAUCCACCCAGCAUUUCUGCAGCUUGGAGCCCAACUCAGGAGUCGGUUGGUCGAUGGCUGCACUGCCAGGUCAGUUGCCCUGACGCGUGCCCUGAUGCAGCUGAUCAACGACUACCACACCCCUGAAAAUGUGGAGCUGGGUCGGCACCUGGCCGAACGCGUCCAACAGCACAUGGCCUACCUGGACACCUGCAGACCCAACUCCGUGUCCAUGGAGCAGGCGGUCAAAGCCCUCAGGAUUAACUCCCUGCCUUACGGGAUUGCCGAGACCGAGGCCAAAUCGGUGCUCAACAAGGCAGCGUUGGCUUUUGUCAACAAAUUGGACCAAGAUUCGCAAAGUGUGGCUCUCAACCUUGCUGAUAAGAUGGGAUGCGGAGACGUCAUUCUAGUUUAUUCUUACUCACACCUAAUUGUCAGCGUUUUGGCAGAAUUGAUGAAGCAAAUCAAAUUUCAAGUGGUGGUGGUAGGAUCAAAAACGCACAACAGCGGUUUGCGAAUGCUGCAGAAGUUGACCGAGAUGCAACUCAGCUGCACUUACUUGCUCGUCAAUCAAGUCACUUUUAUUAUGCCCAAAGUGCAGCUGGUUCUGCUCGGGGCAGAUUCAAUGACGGCCAACAGCAGCAUGAUUGGUCCUGCCGGCAGCGCCCAGUUGGCCACUGUGGCCAAAGCCCAAGGAGUGCCUGUUUAUGCCUGUUGCGAAACAAAUAAAUUCAGCUACCAAUCUCAUUUGUCUCCUUUCUACCAGCAGAACGAGCUAGUGCCUAAUUCUGUUGCACCUCAAUUGAAGAAUUUGCCGAAACUGACCCAAUGCUCUCUGUUGUACGAUGUUGUGCCUGAACGGCUGAUAACUGCAAUCCUCACCGAGGUGUCUGUUCUUCCGUGCUCUUCGGUACCCGUUGUCCUGCACAUGCAGUCUUCCGACACUGUUCUGAAGACAAGGACAAACUAAAUAAUUAAUCUAUUUGUUUUAGUUAUAUCUCAGAAGCUCUGGCGUCAAUGCUAAGUUUGUCACGAGGAGGCCAGAAUAGAACUACAGUGUCACCAUAAAACUUAUCUUUACUUCAGCUGUGUCGUUGAAAAGAAAUUCGGUGGGAAAUUUUCCUGUCCUUGAGAAAUUGGCAAGAUCCUGUUUCAUAAUUUUUGGAUUUAAAACUCAUUUUUCACAUACAAUAUUAUUUAAUGUAAGAAAGAAUAUAGUAACUAAGCCUAAAUUAAAAAAAGGUUUCCCACAGGUUAUGUUUUUUCUACAUAAUCAAUUGCCUCUUUUAAAUUCUUUUGAUGUCAAUUUCACUAAACUUUUUUAAGUUC